ACAAUCUAGACAAUCCGCCCAACAAACUUCUUCCAGGCAACCAUCACCUUCCAGACAAUUUGUCCAACAAACUUAUUCUAGGCAACCAUCACCUUCUCAACCUACCUCUCAUCUGAGGAAUGAAAUGCAGCACAAAAACGUUCAAGGCACUCAAGGCAUUCAAGGCGAGGAUCUUUUGCCCAAAGAAGUAUAUAUUAGCGUUGUCAAAUGCCUUUUCCCACAUGUAAUAUAUCCUACCCAAGAUGAAAUAAAAGAGUCCCUCAAGGACUACUUGAACAAAAAGUUCACUGAAUUCAUGGCGAACUUAAGUGCUAACGAUUUUGCAAACCGGUUCCAUA